GCUGCCCGGCAGAUCCUGGCUGUGAUCGAUUGGAGAUUCUCACCUUGUGACGUCACCUCCUGCCCCCGGCGCGGCGAUUCUCCUCCUUAUAAAUCCUUCAAAACCAUAUUUAAAGCGUAAACAUGGAUUUCUCCAAAUUACCGAAAAUCGGGGAUGAAGAACGGGAGAGCAACUUCGGUUACGUUCACGGCGUCUCUGGGCCUGUGGUGACUGCGUCCAAUAUGGGCGGAGCUGCCAUGUACGAGCUGGUGCGUGUGGGACACUCGGAGCUGGUGGGGGAGAUCAUCCGUCUGGAAGGAGAUAUGGCCACAAUCCAAGUCUAUGAAGAGACCUCUGGUGUAUCUGUCGGGGACCCCGUCCUACGCACUGGGAAGCCCCUCUCCGUGGAGCUGGGUCCUGGCAUCAUGGGCUCCAUUUUUGAUGGUAUCCAGAGACCUCUGAAGGACAUUAGUGACUCCACACAAAGUAUCUACAUCCCAAGGGGUGUAAACGUGUCCGCCCUGAGCCGAGACAUUAAGUGGGAGUUCACCCCCUCCAAGAGCCUUCGGGUCGGCAGUCACAUCACCGGAGGAGACAUUUAUGGAGUUGUACUUGAGAAUUCCCUCAUCAAGCACAAGAUUAUGCUCCCUCCCCGCAACCGGGGAACCGUCACCUACGUGGCACCGCCCGGGCACUAUGACACAUCGGUAAUGUAUAAUUGGUGUUCUAUAGGGG